GCCCACGGUGCGUUCAUUCGCCGGGAAAACCGUUACUAUCGCGCUCCUCUCCUCCGUAUAUCGCGAUAAUUUGCCCGAUUCACGCUCCUUUUUUCCCGGGGUUGAAAUGUUACAUUUACGGUCAAGAGCACUGCUCAAGGAGAUUUUACACAGCCAGCUGAAGCGACCUUUGGCAGGCGGAGUCCACGCAGCACCUGCAGCCGGCUGCUGGUCGCCCUCCCCGGCCACCGGGAGAGCUUUCACCGGGCCGCUCGUCAGGCAGACCGGCGCCAGACGCUUUUGCUCCAAAGCAGACGGAAACAACGAUGCCGCCAAAGAGUCUUACUCGGAGAAGAGAAGAAAGGCAGGCGUUCUUCCCAGCCUGGAGGACCUCCUCUUUUACACGAUAGCUGAAGGCCAAGAGAAGAUCCCAGCACACAAAUUUACCACAGCUCUCAAAGCCACGGGGCUUCGCACAGGAGACCCCAGGCUCAAAGAAUGUAUGGAGAUGCUGAAGGUCACCUUGAAAACCACCUCAGAUGGUGCCCUGGACAAACAUCUUUUCAAAAAAUGUGUUCAGAGCAACAUAGUUCUGCUCACUCAGGCCUUCCGAAAGAAGUUUGUUAUCCCAGACUUUCAGCCCUUCUGCAGGCAUAUGGAUGAGCUCUACGAAAAGGCCAAGAACCUCUCUGGAGGACAGGUGGCGGACUACAUUCCCCAACUGUCACGCUUCUCCCCGGACUUGUGGGCCGUAUCGCUGUGCACCGUGGACGGUCAGAGGCACACGAUUGGUGACACCAAGGUUCCCUUCUGUCUGCAGUCCUGCGUCAAGCCGCUGAAGUACGCCAUCGCUGUGCACGACCAUGGAACCGAGUAUGUGCACCGAUUCAUUGGCAAGGAACCCAGCGGCCUGCGAUUCAACAAGCUCUUUUUGAAUGAAGAAGAUAAACCACACAACCCCAUGGUGAAUGCCGGCGCCAUUGUGUGUACCUCUCUCAUUAAGCAAGGAGCGAGCAACGCUGAGAAGUUUGAUUAUGUCAUGAACUUCAUGAACAAACUGGCCGGGAACGAAUAUGUUGGCUUCAGCAAUGCCACGUUCCAGUCAGAGCGCGAGUCAGGAGACAGAAACUUUGCCAUCGGCUACUACCUGAAGGAAAAAAAGUGUUUCCCAGAGGGAACCGACAUGACCUCCAUCUUGGACUUCUACUUCCAGUUGUGCUCCAUCGAGGUGACCUGUGAGAGCGCCAGCGUCAUGGCGGCAACCCUCGCCAACGGCGGCUUCUGUCCCAUCACGGGAGAGCGUGUGCUGAGCCCGGAGGCGGUGCUGAACACUCUGAGCCUGAUGCACUCGUGUGGCAUGUACGAUUUCUCCGGACAGUUUGCCUUCCAUGUCGGACUGCCAGCGAAAUCUGGUGUUGCCGGUGGCAUUCUGCUGGUUGUUCCAAACGUCAUGGGCAUCAUGUGCUGGUCUCCUCCUCUAGACAAGCUGGGCAACAGUGUCCGAGGCAUCCAGUUCUGCACGGACUUGGUUUCCCUCUUCAACUUUCACAACUACGACAAUCUGAGACACUUUGCAAAGAAGCUGGACCCUCGCAGAGAAGGAGGGGACCAGAGAGUGAAGUCAGUGAUUAAUCUGUUGUUCGCUGCCUACACUGGGGACGUGUCCGCUCUAAGGAGGUUUGCCUUGUCCUCGAUGGACAUGGAGCAGAGGGACUACGACUCCAGGACGGCUCUGCAUGUGGCAGCGGCCGAAGGCCACGCUGAAGUGGUUCGCUUCCUGCUUGAGGCCUGCAAGGUCAACCCAAUUCCCAAAGAUAGGUGGGGCAACACACCGAUGGACGAGGCAGUCCACUUCGGCCACCACGACGUGGUCACCAUCCUUCGCGAAUACCACAACCUGUUCAGUCCUCAGGAGAGCCCGGCGACCAAGGAGAACGCGGAGAAAAACCUGGAUGGCAUGCUGUGAAAUGUCAGGUGUUUCUAGACAGAGCAUCAUUCUGUUCUGAUGACAAAAGGUCUUAAUCUUGUUGUUAGCUGGUGUCAUGCUGCGUUUCUCCACGUGUACUUCUGCUGUCUUCUUUGAUCCGCUUUACUUUUCGGACACCCCGGAAGAUGUCAGCAGCCAAACGCUGAAUGCUGGCUUCAUUUCAGCGGCUGCAGGUUUUGUUUGAACUCUGAAAAGUACGCCGAGUAGUUUAUUAGACAAAACCAUCGCUCCCUUUUUAUGGCCACACGGUGGAAUGUAACACUCGGUAAGUCUUCAUUGUAUGUAUUUGUCUUUAUUUAUGGUACAAGUCAGUGUUGUGUAUGUAUGUGUGUAUGUGUGUGCGUAUUGUGUUUUUUUUGUGAUAAAUGAAACCAUCAAGAUUAGAGAUGUCCGAUAUUAUCGGCCGAUAAAUGCUUUAAAAUGUAAUAUCAGUUUCAAAAAGUAAAAUGUAUGACUUUUUAAAACGCCGCUGUACGGAGCGGUACACGGAUGUAGGGAGAAGUACAGAGCCAACCCUCCCCAGUUUCCCAGGAGACUCCCGGAUUUCAGUGCCCCUCCCGAUAAUCUCCCGGAGCAACCAUUCUCCCGAUUUCCACCCAGACAACAAUAUCGGGGGCGUGCCUUUAAAGGCACUGCCUUUGCAUGCCGGCCCGAUCUCAUAAUAUACUUGGUCAACAGCCAUACAGGUCACACUGAGGGUGGCCGUAUAAACAACUUUAACACUGUUACAAAUACCGUAUUUCCUUGAAUUGCCGCCGGGGCGCUAAUUAAUUUAAAACCUCUUCUCACUCCGGCGUUUACCAUAGGCAUGCGGUACAUUUAGGCCUGCGCUUAUAAAUUUGAGUGUGAUGUAAGGAUACCAUCAUGAAAAGCACAUUUAAUAAAAAAAAUCGUUAUUAUGGUCUUACCUUUACUUAUAAAUGAAGUCCAUGCGCACGUCCUUCUGAUCAAAAGUAUCGAUAACUUGUUUGUAUAAGUCUUCCUUAUCUUUCUUCAGUUUUAAAAGUCUCUUUAACUCGAUGGAGAUUUUCCUUUUUUACCUCCUUCUUCAGUCCAGUUUAGAAAACUGUUUUAUUUUAGAUAUGUAAUCCUCCAUGUUAAAAGUGCAAGCGAGAGGAAAAAAAUAAACUCUUGCUGCUUGUUGUCACUUCUUCUGCAGCCGAGUAGUCUCAAGAAGGAUCACUAGCGCCCUCUACCACCAGGAGGCGGGAGUCAUUUAAUGACUCAUAUUUGACACACGCAGCUACGGUAUAUUAAUAAAACAUAGCUGCUUACUGUUCUUUUUAGCAUAUUCAAUAGCUUGGACCUUAAAUCCUACUGAAUAGCUCUUAAACUUCUUCCCUUUAUGCGAUUUCAAUUUAUUGAAAUCAGCCUCCUCCAUUUUGAAAAUGAUGACAGGUGAAGUUUCACUCGUGACGUGACGAGUUUGACCUGGCGGAAAUUCUAGGCGUAUGCUAAUUAUUUGGCGAAACGAGUUUGACCCGGCGGAAAUUCUAGACAUGCGCUAAUAAAAAUAAUAUUUUGCGAACCCACAUCAAACAAGAAUGACAAACACAUUACGGGAGAAUAUCCGCACCGUAACAAACAUAAACACAACAGAACAAAUACCCAAGAUCCUUUGCAGCACCAACUCUUCCGGGACGCCUACAAUAUACAACCCCCGCUACCCCCUACUCCGCCCACCUCAACCUCCUCAUGCUCUCUCAGGGAGAGCAUGUCCCAAAUUCCUAGCUGCUGUUUUGAGGCAAGAUGAAAAAAAAAUAAUGCAUUUUGUGACUUCAGUAAUAAAUAUGGCAGUGCCAUGUUGGCAAUUUUUUCCAUAACUUGAUUUUAUUUAUUUUGGAAAAUUGUGUUACAUUGUUUAAUGCAUCCAGCGGAGCAUCACAACAAAAUUAGGAAUAAUAAUGUGUUCAUUCCACGACUGUAUAUAUCGGUAUCGGUUGAUAUCGGAAUUGGUAAUUAAGAGUUGGACAAUAUCGGGAUAUCGUCAAAAAAGCCAUUAUCGGACAUCUCCAACCAAAAUGUGAGUGUACACUAUUUAAACUGAAGUACAAUUGUUUGCGCUGGUCAAUGUUUAGCACAAUUGUACUUAUUUAUUUGCUAUUUAUUCUGUAGUGUUGUGGCGGUUUGCCAAAGUUCAAAUCAUUUGUUGUGACAGUACAACAGAUGUCACUGCCGGCCUCAACCAUAGCAGAGCUUUUUCCAAUUGUUUCCCUCUGAUUUAGUUUGUCAUGUUUGUAGCACAGAUUGUGAACUCCUACUUUAAACGGUUCUUUCUCAGGGAGGUUUUGCGAUGCUUCACUGGAAAAUUGCGGGGAGUUGUUUGGAUGUUGACGUAAAUAACCUAGAAGCACAAAAAACUCCUUUUUGCCGCACAUGAACGUAAAAAUGUGACGUGUUUGUGUUGCUGUUGUGACUGGAUGUCCAUAUUUCAAGAAAAUAUUCUCACAAAUAAAACAUAUUUAAUGAAAAAAUA